CGGGCGGGAAUAAGAACGCUUCCGCUGUGUGGCUUGUGUCAAAACAUCCAUGAAGCGUUUGUUAAAAAUAUCCACUCAACAUUCGGUUAUCUAUUGUUACACUCAAGUUACUAUAAACUCGUAUAUCUCCAGCACGGCAAUUAAACGUUAUUUUCUUAAAGUCAUGAAGCAACUACCUCCAGACACCGUGCGGCUGUUGUCCAGCUCGCAGGUCAUCACGUCUGUGACGAAUGUUGUGAAAGAACUCUUGGAGAAUUCUCUUGAUGCUGGGGCUUCAACUAUUGACGUAAAGCUGGACAACUAUGGCUUAGACCGGAUUGAGAUACGGGACAACGGUCAUGGAAUCAAAGCUGCAGAUUCUUCCGUGAUGGCUGUUAAACACUUCACUUCCAAGAUACAGAGCCAUGAAGACCUGGAGCAUCUUGAGACAUAUGGUUUCAGAGGCGAGGCACUCGGGUCCAUUUGUGCUGUGGCAGAGGUUGCCAUCACCACAAAGACUGAGGAUGAUCACAUCAGCACCCAGUAUGUGCUUAACUUCCAAGGGCACAUCCUUUCUCAGAAGCCGAGUCACAUCGGCCAAGGAACAACAGUUUGUGCACUAAAGCUUUUCAAGAAUCUUCCUGUGAGGCGACAGUACUUCUCGUCUGCUAAGAGAUGCAAGGAUGAACUGAAAAAAGUGCACGAUCUGAUGAUGGCCUAUGCCAUUAUAAAACCUGACUUAAGACUCACACUUAUCCAUAAUAAGGUGGUGCUUUGGCAAAAGGCCAAAGUGGCUAAUUAUAGAAGUGCCCUCCUUGCUGUACUGGGGUCGAGUGCAGUGGUCAACCUACUUCCCUGUCACCAUCGUCAAGAAGAACCAGAGAUAUUUUUAGAAGGGUUUUUUCCCAAGCCAGGAGCAGAGUACUCUUCUACAAGCACUUCUGUUCCAGAUAAAACCUUCAUAUUCGUCAACAACCGGCCUGUCCACCAAAAAGACAUAAUUAAGAAGCUACGUCAACACUACACUGCGCAGUACAUGGAAGAGUCAGCACAAAGUCGAUACCCAAUUCUAAUGCUUAAAAUCACAGUUUCACCCUCUUCAGUGGAUGUUAAUCUGACACCUGAUAAGACCCAGGUUCUUCUCCAUGACAAGGAAGCUUUGCUGAUUGCAUUGGAAGCUUUGCUAGUUUCUCUCUAUCAGCCUGGAAGGGACUCUCAAAAGGAGCGGUGCAGCUCAGAAACAUUUCUUUCACCAACGCUUAAGACUGGAUCUUUACAACUGGAUGAUGAGAUUUUGAAAACGAGAAGUGCAACAAACAAUGUUGCUCCAUUAGAGAUUGCAGCAAGUAGCAGUUUCAAAGAUCCACUUAAACAGUGUGACGCUGCAGUGAAUGAUCAUCUUUUACCACACAGACAAGCCUCAGACUGCAGCUCUUCGUCCUCUGUAGCGGAGGACUGGAUUGUCAACCAAAUUCCUGGUGGACAAGAGUGUAAUUUCUCAGUUAGUUGUGAUGAUGCAGCAUAUUUGCCAAGUUGUGAGGAAAAUCCAGUAUUAGGUGCAGACUCAAGUAAACUCCAUAUAUUAGCUGAAGACUGGUGCAGGGGCACAGCUUUUAUGGACCCAGUAUCAGGAGAACCUCUGCAACCCAUUAAAAUUAAUUUACCUUUGGCGCAGAGUCACACUGACAAAGAUAAGCUUAAGGCUCAGAGCAGCAACAACAAAAAGAUGGUCAAUAUUAUAACAGAAAAGCAGACAGCUCUGACAGCUUUUGACCUGAUCAGUAAUCGUACAAUGAGAGCGCCACUGUCACCUGUCGCCCUUUUUGAGAAGGAUGCCCGAGUUGAGAUUCUUAAAGAGAAACCUACUGCCAGCCUGCAGGAGAUCAGCGUCGCUGUUAAUGAGAGAUGGAAAAAUUCCGCUGAGCAAGACCGUAAGAAGUAUGAGGAGAAAGCAAAAAAACACCUGGAAAACCACAAGCGCACCUGUACCACCAAACUGGCAGACAGUGAAAUCCUGAAAGAGCGGAUGAGCUACAAACGCAAGGCUUCACUCUCAAACCAACAGCUGCUAGACGAGCUCUUCUCUGCAAAGCCCCAAAAGAAGCAGAGGAGCCUAACGCCAAAGCCUUUCAGGCCCUUCCCCUGUUGCAUGUCCAGCCUGCGGUUGCGGCUUCAGCGCCUCUCAUCCAAGAUUGGAGCAGCACCACAGGGUCUCCGUCUUGUAGCCCGGCUGGCCUCUCAGAGUGCCUGGGUCGUUUUAUGUGGUCAGAGGCUCAUGUUGUUAAACCCAUUUCGGGUGCAGGAGACCUUGCUGUUUAAGAGACUCCUCCAGAAUAAUAUACUUCCAGCACUCACUCUGCAGAAUAAUAUACAUAUAACAGAAGGGAGUUUAGGGGGGACAGAGUACAUAGAGACUUUAUGCAACAUGGAGAAACAAAACCCAGAUCUGAACGGUGGGAUGUUCAUCUCUGACCCAAGACUUGUGGCCAAUGGGUUUAAAGUCAGACUCACUCCAGUGGUCACGCCACCUGAGAGACAUCUGGAAGUGACAGCACUGGCAGACUGCGUACCUUUCCUCGGUGUAGAGGACCUCAGGGAGAUCAUGACUGCAGUGCAUCACAGGAAGGCCAAGACUGUCCAGGAGUGUCGGCCCCUGAAAGUUUCCAACUACCUUCAAAGUGAAGCUGUUCGACUUGCCCGACAGAUGCCUUCACAUUUAUCAAGGGAGGAUGUGGAGGACAUCCUUCGACGGAUGGAACAGCAACCUGGGGAGGACAACCACAUCUGUUUCCACGGAAGGCCAUUUCUACAACUCCUGUGUGAAAUCCCUCAUACUGACCAGGAGACUAAGUCUCUGCUAAAACCUUUGGGAUUAUAAAACUGAUGACACCACAAUACAACUAGUUUGAAUAGCUGUAAUUUUAACAUAACACACCUUUUAAAACAGUUUUCGUACACCCCACUUUACCUAUGUUUCGGUUUUCAAUGAAGAUUUUAGCCAAACGGUUUACCCGGUUUUCGUAAGCCGUCUCGGUUACCAUACAGCUAAACAUUUGUGGUAACAAAUUGGUCCAUUUGCCCGUGAAUCAAGUGCCCAAACAAAGAAGACUGUAAAAUAAUUAUUAGAAAAGAAAAAAAGGUUGUAAGUGCCAGCAUUUUGAGGAAGUAAAUGACAAACUUUUAAAAAAGAAAGAACUAACAGAGUGCAAAGGUAAUGUCUGUGUGGCUCUACCCUCUUCUCUCUCCACUCAUCACUGUCUUUGCCGACAAGAGUUUUCAAUAAUGGUAAAAGUGAUGUUCAAGGGGACCUAAGAUCAUUUUAAUUUACAUUAAAACACUUGCUUGUGUUCUAGAUAAUAUGUUUUGGCUAUGCUUUGGUGUAAAUUUCGCAUACAUUUUGCUCCACAGUCACAUUUAUAACCUACUUCUACAAGAUUGAGAUUAACAUCGUUUGUGGAGGAUUUCUACCCGCCAUCUUCUCAAAAAGUAUCCUAAUUUAUCUUUUGAUAAUGCACACUGUUUGAAUAAAUAACUUAAAAGGAAACCUGCACUUUUGUGUUUUUGACUAUGUUUUACAAUCCGUAUGUGAGACAAGAACAUAUAUGUUUUUUCAAUGCAUUGUAACUCGUAAAUAAACGCUGGCAAAAGUCUGCUAACAAUGGAGGUUAUGGGAUUCGCUGCAUUCCGCCUAUAAAGCACUCUAAAAACAUCCAAAAACCUCCAUCAACGUUUUGUAUUCAUGCUUUAAGCAUAUAUGUUAUGUAGUAUCAGGUACAUUAUAAAUAACAUUUAAUUGUGGCGUAUUAUGGUCAUUUUAAGCGUUUGGCAACGUAUUAAUUUCACAGACUCAUCACAAUAUUUGCUAUUCCUUUCUACAACAGUAACUAUUAUGCAUGGCAGACUUCAUGACAUCCAAUGAGAGAAAUUAUGAUCCAGAACCUUAUAUUUUUUAGUCAGAAUAUACGAAGUAUGAGCUACACGUUUUAUGAGCUAAGCGAUGAGCAGAUCCAACAAGUAGCACUAUUGCUAAACAAUACAUACAAACUACAAACAUAAUAAAAAAUCAAGAAUUAACUUUUACCAACUCAGAGGCGAUACAGCAGCUCACCAGCUUAGUAUGUCAAUAGCUGCAUAGGCUAGUUACCUCUCCGUGAUCAAGGCGCCGGUAAAAGUAUUUCCUUGGCAUCAGUGCUGCUUAUAAUAAUAAUAUUGCUAAAACAUGGUUAAUAUUUAGGUCACAAGAUGUAAAUAGAGUAUUGUUAGUGGUUUUUGGAUGUUUUUUAUAGGACUGUACUCCCAUUAGCUGCAUUAUUAGACGAAUUAGACUGCAUUAAAAAAAACACAUAUGGUCUUGUCUCACAUAGGGAUUGUGAAUGAUAGGCAAAAUUCUAAAAAAAAAAACCUGUAGUAUGCCUUUAAGACAAACAUCACUGCUAUUUUUUUCCAGACACUGUCAAAAAUAAAGUUCAUUAACAUAAUAUAGAAUAUUCCAGUCACAACAUUUGGUAUACCUGCCUACUCUCAGAUUGAUACAGAGUUGCAUAAAAAUGCUGAUUGAGCUGUACUUAUAUCACUGCAUGUCGGUGUUGUUAUGCACAUGCCAAGAUUAGAUGAAAAUUAUACGUUAUCCUACCUUCUCCUGUGUUUCCUCAAACCAAGGCCAUAAUAUCGCCUGCUUUUUCCGUUUGAGUUUAGCGGCUAAUCCAUUUUCACAAUGGCCCAACUUGACAAAACAAAAAUGUAAUUAAGACACAUUAAAACACGUACCUAUUUAUUUUAUAGACAUCAAAGAGGAUGAAUUGGAUUUACAUAAUUUCCUAUAGGAAAAAUUGCUUUGAUUUUUGUGUUAUUUGGUAUUUCUCUGACGUUUUAAAACGUAUUACUAACAAAUUAUACAAGUAAAACUGUAUUUAGUUUUUUCUUUAUAUUUGUAGACUUUGAAACAGUGAUAAUAAUUGAGAAAUAAACGGUUACAGUAUUAAUAAGCUUGUACAGGUUUUUUUUCCCGUUUUGCUUCUAAUCACAAUGUUAUUUACAGACUUCCACCUUUAAUUUCAGAGCUAUGUCUUCUUUUGAAUUUUGCAUAAUGCCAUUUUAUGCAAAGAAGAGUAAUAGUAAAAUGUGACGAAUAAAAAUAAUGUAACCAUAGUUUUUAUACUGUACAUGGAUGAAAAUAUUUUCCUGUCAAAAAUGACUGCAUAAAGAUCAACAGAGCUCACCAAAUUCAGACUUUCCUCCUUUCCAAUGCCACAGCCACAGUACAUUCUGCAUUUUGUGCAUGGAGCUGCAUUCACUUUUGUCAUCACUAAGAAAAAAUAUCUUAUAGGUAAGAUAAGAUCAGGCCAACCACUUGUCUAUUUAAUAUGUAUUUUUUUUUCCUUCAUAAGUUUUUGGUACGUUUAGUGGAUUUAACACGAUCAGGAUUUUAGGAGCUUAUCACCCGGUUGUGCAAUUUUAUGUUCUUAUUUUAUAUUGUGUAUUUCAUUUUUGUCAACUUCAUGUAAUCGAUCAUUUAGACAUGACCAACAAUAUUUGAUACAUUUCGAAUUAAAAUCCUCAUUCUC